AUGAUGACGAUACUUGUACAAGGACUUCCAAUCUCCAUGUUAUUGGACACCGGGGCCACGAGGUCAACACUUACGGUAGAGACUGCAUCUAAAUUUGAUAAAUUGCCACUUUCUAACCAAACUUGUACUACUUAUGGUAUAUCAGGGAUAGCACAGAUUGAUAAAGUGUCAAUGCCAUUAGCAGUAGUUAAUGGGGAGAAAAAGUGUACACAUUCAUUUCUGAUUUCUCAAACAUGUCCUUUAAAUUUGAUGGGCAGGGAUCUAAUUUCUAAAUUAGGAUUAACAAUCGAUGUUUCCUUGAGGGGAGUUGAAGUGACAACUAUGAGUGCUAAUUUUGCUCAGAUAUUACCAAACUGGUAUUAUAAUUGGGCUAUAACUCCUUCAUUUGAUCCGUAUUCAGAAUAUAGUUUUAUACCUGCUGAUUAUGAAAAACCAUCUCAUUUCCAUUGCACUUCAUGGUUUGUGGGUCAUGAAAGAAAUAGCGAGUAUGAAGAAAGUUGGUUCGAUGGAUCUCUGGGUGAGACAUUAAAUCUUGAGUAUCUAUUGAUAUCGCAGCAUUUCUCAGCAUUCACUGUAAAACUAACACCAUCUCAAUCUACUCUUUUCCAACAGAUGCAAGUCCAGCCUCACGUCUCAGUGGGGAAAAGAGGAAGCUCCUGGGCGGAAGUAGGAGUGUGGCUCACGGAGCAAGUGGAGAGGGGGGGCUGGACUUGGCAUGAUGAUGGGUAUUAUACAAAUGAAGCAGGGGUUAAAGCUGCUCUGCCAGUUCCAGGUGUUGGACCCCAGCACUCUUACGAGCCAGGACAGUGGGUCUGGAUCAAAGAUCUCAGGCGAAAGGCGUGGAACAACCCAAGGUGGCUAGGGCCAUACGAGAUCAUUCUAACAACAAACACCGCAAUCAAGGUCGCUGAACGUGACACCUGGGUUCACGUGUCACAUUGUAAGCCCCACCAACACGCAGAUUCAAGCCAAAAGUAGAGGAAAUCAGGGCGUACUAGUGACGAUCCCUCCUCUGCCAACGAAGGAAAGACCUUGCUACGGCUCGCAAAGAGUCAUCAAGGUGAAGAUGGAACGCUUCAGACGUUUGUGGGGCCAACGGGAUGAUCAGCGCACCUGGGAGCGGCUCUGGGCCGACAAAUUGUUUAAGUGUAGCAUAUGUGUUAUUGCAUUCAUAAGUGUUGUGAUUUUGGUUGUGCUUUUGCUUCUGUUUGAAUUUUCUACAGGGAGUGUUGCAAGUAGAGGGAAAAGGGAGGUGAUGUCAGUUCCUGUUCAUCAUGACCACUCAUCCAAUGUGAACCAGCACCAUUUUGGGUUGAAUAUGUUUUGGAAAUAUGCUAAUUACACAGCCAAACAGCAUGCACCUAACAAAAAUUGCUAUGUUUGUGCACAGGCCUCCUUCUCUGCCGCAUACCCAUAUCCAUUGUCUCCAGAGCCGGUAGAAGAUCAUGAAUUAAGGUGUAUUAUGAUUCGUAUAGCUGGACCGGGAUCGGAGUGUUCUCAAAAGAUUUUCCGAAGGGGAGAGCCCCUUGAGUGUGAGAAUGUAACCUCUGCUUCGACAAUCCUCUCACUUAGCAGUGGAGGAAAGAAAAAGAUUUGGCCUAACCCUGGACAAAAAUUUAAAGAAUGCUACCAAUCUCGAAAGGGGGUUAAUUUUAUGGGGAUUCUUGAGGGGUGUAAGGUAAUCCAUAACGUAAGUUGCGACAGUCCCACUGGGAUGAGUGAUCAUAUAGCGGGAGGGGCUUUCC